AUGCGUGCCAUCAGCACCCUUUGCGCCGCCGCCGGCCUGCUACUGUCUCAGGUGCUGGCAGAGUCCAUCAGCGAGAUCAACGGCAACAAAUACCAGUCAUCAUUCCUGUACAAGAAUGUCUCCGACGUCGAGGGCCUAGUCACAGCCAAGGGACCCAAAGGAUUUUACCUGCGGGCCACCACCCCUGACGAGGACGACAGCACGUCCGACUCCAUCUACGUCUACAGCCCCGGCGGAGCCCACGAGGUCAGCGAAGGCGACAAGGUCACCCUCAGCGGCAAGGUGAUCGAAUACUACAAGACUGGGUACGUCUCCGUGACGCAGAUCACGGGCCCCACCGGCCUCAAAGUCAGCGCCGGGACCAAAGACGUGGAGCCCGUGGUCAUCGGCGCCAAUGGUCGACAGCCACCGACCGAGCAGUUCUCUUCGCUUGAUGGCGGCGAUAUCCUCGGUCUCCCGAACAAUGCCAGUCAAAUCCACAAGGAGAAUCCUGAACUGCAACCCGAAAAAUACGGCAUGGAUUUCUGGGAGAGUCUGAGCGGCGAGCUGGUCACGCUGACUGGGGUGCAUGCCAUUUCCAAGCCGAACCAGUACGGCGAUACCUGGGCCGUGGGUGAUUGGAAGGCGACGGGACGCAAUGCGCGUGGUGGACUGACCAUGCGGCCGAAAGACUCCAAUCCCGAGGCCAUUCUCAUUGGCGCUCCCCUGGACGAAACCAAAAACCCCACGGACACCAAGCUGGGAGACACGAUUGGAGAUAUCACCGGCGUGAUCACCCAAUCCUACGGCUACUACACGCUGCUGCCUCAAACCGCCCUAAAGGUAUCCGAGUCAAACUCGACCGCGGCCGAACCGACGACUCUCGAAGCCGACGGUGGCUGCAAGGCCUUGACGGUGGGCAGCUACAACAUCAACAACCUUGCGCCCAACUCGACCACCCUGCCCAAAAUCGCCGGCCACAUCGCCAAGGAGCUAAAGAGUCCGCGACUGCUGUUUGUUCAGGAAGUCCAGGACGGAAGCGGACCGACCAACGACGGAGAGGUGUCGUCCAAAAAGACGUUGACCAAACUGGUAUCCGAGAUCAAAGAACAAGGUGGCGUCGAGUACGAGUUUGUCGACAUCAGCCCGGAGGAUGGAAAGGACGGUGGGCAGCCGGGCGGCAACAUCCGCGUUGCCUACCUCUACGAUCCAGCGGUCAUCCGACUGCGCGACGCCAAUCCUGGCUCCAGCAGCGAUGCCAAUGAAGUGCAGGCAGGACCAGCCCUCAAGUUCAACCCCGGACUCAUCGACCCCACCGACUCGGCGUGGGACGACAGCCGGAAGCCCCUCGCAGCGGCGUGGGAGACGGUCGACGGGAAGAACCCCUUCUUCACCAUCAACAUCCACUUCACCAGCAAAGGCGGCGGGUCCCCGCUGGAGGGGGAUGCGCGGCCGCCCGUGAACGGGGGCGUCGAGCAGCGCGAGGCGCAAGCCAAGGUCGUUGCGAAAUUCGUCAAAUCCAUCCUCGCCGAGGACGACCAAGCCCGGAUCAUCACGUCGGGGGACUUCAACGAGUUCGGGUUCGCGCAACCUCUGACGGUCUUCGCGUCGGAGUCGGGUCUGCAGGAGUUGGAAGAGGCGGCGGGGAUCGAUGAGGCAGAGCGAUACACGUAUCUGUAUGAUUCGAACUGCCAGCAGCUGGACCACAUGUAUGUCAGCGAGGCCGUGGCCAAAGAGGCGCGCGCGGAGCACAUCCACGUCAACACCUGGGUGUCAUAUGAUGACCAAGGGUCGGAUCACGACCCAACUGUGGCAUUGUUGAAUGUGUGCGCCUGA